ACUUGCAGCCUUGCAGGCAUGACGUGGGCGACCUGAACUCGCUAGUCGUAGAGUUUCUUUCCACGCGGCAGCUCGGCAGAGCUACGCAGCCUCUCUGCCCGCCACGUUCUCCUGCAAGGCUGCAACUCGAAGCACUGAGAAGCUAUUAAUUAAUGGAUUCUCGAGCAUGCGGCCUUGUUCGCUAAACCUCGCGCACAGAAACACAAGCGAGUACCAGAGCAGCUAGGAGUGGUCAGCAAUGGCGCAGCUUAAAGCAGCCGCCGACGAGCAGCAGGAGGCGGCGCUGCACGGCGUCGCCUCCGGCGGCGGGAACGAGAGCAACAAGAAGGCGCGCGCGGGGCUCUGCGGCCUGCUCCGCGAGCGCAAGGUGGUGGACCUGGCGCGGGCCAAGCGGCGGCUGGUGGAGGUUCCCUACACCGCGACGCUGGCGCACACGGCCAACGCGCUCCUGGCAGCGCGCGUCUCUGCCGUGGCCGUGGCUGCGCCACCGGGCCACUGGAUCGGCGCCGGCGGCUCCAUGAUCCUCGAGUCCGACCCGGCCACCGGCGCCGUCCGCAAGCACUACAUCGGCAUGGUGAACAUGCUCGACAUCCUUGCCCACAUCGCCGAGGCCAGCGACGACGACGAGGCGGCCGACCUCGACCGCCGGAUGGCCGUGCCGGUGUCCUCCGUCAUCGGACACUCCCUCGAGGGCCUCACUCUGUGGACGCUCCACCCGAGCACCAGCGUGCUGGACUGCAUGGAGACGUUCAGCAAGGGUGUGCACCGCGCGCUGGUGCCGCUGGAGAGCUCGGCGGACAACGUGGUGGCGCUGGAGCUGGUGGAGUCGGCGCCGGGGUACCGGAUGCUCACCCAGAUGGACGUGGUGAGGUUCCUCAGGGCGCACGGCGCGGAGCUCAGGGGCGUGCUGUUGCGCACCGUGCGCGAGCUCGGCGCCGUGAACGACACCGUGUUCGCCGUCUCUGGCGUUACCAAGGUGAUCGACGUCAUCAAGGCGAUGCGGGCGGCGUCGCUGACCGCCGUGCCCGUCGUGGACGCCGUCGGUAGCGGUACAGAGACCCUUCAAUACGGGAGCGGGCAAAGGGCGGUCGAGACGUUCUCGGCGACGGACCUGCGGGACUGCCCGGUGGCGCGGCUGCAGGCUUGGCUGGGGAUCAGCGUGAUGGAGUUCAAGAGGAAGGUGGCUGAGUACCGCGCCAGCACCAGGCUUGUGGUCCCCGGCGCCGACGCCACGGACACUGGCACCCCUGUCGCCGGGUACGCCGACACCCCCGCGGCUGCCGCCGCCACUGACGAAGAGCAGAGCGAGCAGCAGGAGUCGGCGCUGGUGACGUGCUCCCAGGAGAGCACCCUCGGCGAGGCGAUCGAGGCGGCGACAUCGAGGCACGUGCACCGGCUGUGGGUGGUCGACGAGGAAGGGCUCUUGCGUGGGGUCGUGUCGCUCACCGACAUCCUCCGGGCAGUGCGGGAGGCCGCGCUCGGCGAGGACCUGGAGCUGCACAGCAUCGUGCCGUGAGCCCGUGGGCCGUGAGUCGUGACGUCCAAGAACAAGCUCGUAGCUGUUUCUGCCCAUAGUGUCCGUCCACCUGUCGUGCUCCUGCAGAGGAGGGGGAAAAGGGCGAUCGAGACGUGUUGGCGACGGCCGACCGGCGACCGCCGCCGAGCUCGUUUUGCCUUGUUGCUUUGUUUGUUAUAUGGCCCUGGCUCCGAUCCGGGCUUCGUAUUUCGUUGACAGGCCUUCAUCGUGACGCCUUAUUUUGCAUCGUUUUAUUGAUCAACCAAAAAUACGGCU